UCGGUACAGACAGUGGGGGCUGUAUCAUCUACGCCAGACACACAGAGGUUAAAGCCUAUAGGCGGAUACAACCCUUACAGCGUCGACGCCCUGACAGGGUUCCUGCCCGUGGACCUUCUGGGGACCGACUACCUUCGCAGGGUGCCAGAGGGUCCGUACAGCGUCUAUUUGGCCGCAAGGUCCGUACAGGGGUAGCCAUUUGGCCACAGAUGCACCGAGGCAAUGGAAGCGUGCGACGACGGCGCCGAGGAUGGCUACACGGAGGCCUACUUCCCAGAUACUGAUACCGAAGACGAGUCUUUGAUCACGCCCACGACGGCACCGAGGCCAGGCGAAACCAACCUUGACAGCGGCUACACCUAUCUUCCCGAGCCUAGCUCCUCGGCAGAACGUUCGUCGGCAACGUUUUCGUCGGAAGCGCCUAGUUCAAGCCCCACGCCAGAUUCUGCCGGGCGCGUUGCGUGGCGUGCCGUUGGCACACAUCCGUGCGUGGAGUAGGGUCGUGUGACUGUACGUUGAAGCGUACGACGAGGGGAUGGUGGACUACCUCAAGGACCGCGAACUCAAGGAGUGGAACACGCACCGAGAAGCCACCCAGAGAGGGGAUGCCGUCGUGGAGGCAACGGGAGGGCGCAAAACACAAGCGGAAAAGGACGCCGCGGCGGCGCAGGCGUUGGCGGCUUCGCAGGAAUGCCGAACCUUCUCCGUCAGGAGGGCGAAAAGGACAUUCAAGAAGUGGAAGCAGGAAAAGGAGAAGAAGCGGGCCAUGGAGCAGGAGGGAGAGGAAAAAGAGGCCGAGAACGAUGCGUAG